CUCUCUAAUGGCGGCGUUGCCGCGAUCUCCAAGGUACGCCACUCCUCCCCCUCCUCGCCCUCUCCCCUUCCGCCUCGUAGUCUCGAGUAAAUCUCCCCACAAGCUUCCCUUCUUCUCCCGAAGCUCUCCCGCUCCACGGCCAUCAUCUACUUCUUGCUCUUCUUCUUCUUCGUCGUCUUCUUCGAUUGAACCUGGAUCUCCAUUGUAUGGAGCUCACAAGAGGUGGAGAAGGUUGCCUUCUCAGUUCCGUGGAUCGGAUGAAGCCAUGGCUCCGAUGGAGGAGGAGAUGGGCGAGAAGCCUUCACGGAGACUGUCUCUCUGGAAGAGGAGGUUCUUCUUGCCCUCGCCGAAGAUCUGGAGCAUCAUCUUGCUCAAUGUCAUCACCCUCAUCUAUGCCAGUAAUAUUCCUGUUAUAAAAGAGGCUGAAAUGAUCUAUGAUCCUUCACUGUUCACCAUGGUCCGAUUCACAAUCGCGGGAAUGCCCUUUAUACCCUUUGUACUGAAGGCGCAGAAGGAUUGGCAGACUUGUAUUGCAGGUAUGGAGUUGGGCCUCUGGUUAAGUUUGGGAUACCUAGCACAGGCAUUCGGAUUACUAACCUCUGAUGCUGGGCGUGCAUCUUUCAUUGCUGCCUUCCCUGUAAUUUUAGUGCCCUUGCUCAAUGGCAUGUUUGGAAGAACAGUGCAUGCCUUCACCUGGUUCGGAGCUAUCGUAUCUCUCAUAGGAAUUGGAAUGCUGGAAUGCACCGGCUCUCCUCCUAAUGUUGGUGAUGCACUAAAUCUAUUGAGUGCAAUGUCUUUUGCCAUCCAUAUGCUUCGAACUGAGCAGAUUUCACGAAGUACAAAGAAGGAGAAAUUUUUACCUCUUCUUGGUUAUGAGGUCUGUGUUGUAGCUUUCUCAUCAACAAUCUGGUUUUUCUUUAAAGGUGUAUUUGCCAAUUUGAACCAAUUAAGAUCUUGGACAAGAAUGUUGUCAUGGGAUUGGAUGACUUCGUUUCCUUGGUUAUCUGCAUUAUACACUGGCAUAUUUUCUACCGGAUUUUGCUUAUGGGCUGAGUUUGCUGCCAUGAAGGAUGUAUCAGCCACUGAAACUGCAAUAAUUUACGGGUUGGAGCCUGUAUGGGGUGCUGCCUUUGCAUGGUUUCUUCUUGGUGAGAGGUGGGGACCUCUUGGCUGGAUUGGAGCUGCUCUUGUUAUAUGUAAGAUGAUUUCUUUCCUGCCUAAUAGUCCCCUUAGCAAUAUACCAUGGGCUAUAAUUUCAACUGCAUGGAUAGUCUACACUUUAUCCAUUGACUUUAAAAUUAUAGAAGCAGGUUUUGAUUUAUAAUGACCAUCACUAUUUGAUCUGCCCUACCAUUUUAAAGAAUUGGAACAAGUUAGGUUUAGUGGAAGAUGAACCAAUCUAUGUUUAACUCCAUGUUCUAUUGCAGGUGGCAACCUAAUAGUCCAGAUCUUAGGAUCACAACCUAAGAGAUCAAGAAACGGAGACUGCAGCUCGGAUGAUCAAAACGAUUUCAUUCUCUCAACUACACAGUGAAC